CAGUUCUAUAAAGUCCAGCCCAGCCCCUUUACCCAUUCUUCUUCCUCGGAGGCGCGGCACAUUCCUCUCAUCUCUCGUUCGGAGAAUCCAACCUAGUCAGGCGUUCUUUUAAAUUGAAGUGGUAUCCAAGAUGAAUCACUUUAACCUUCAGCAGAUCGCCUUUGCUGCCGGUGAAGAGAUGAGGGGCUCUGCUUCCAUCGCUGAUAGGAAGGAGCCUGUUGUGUGCCCGAGACCUCGGCGUGUCAGCUUGUUGAGUAACAGUCAGGGGAGGCCGUUUAGAUGGCACACAAGUCACGCCGAGGUAUGUGACGUGAAGGCUGGGUCAGAACUUCUGGACAUCAUUCUCAUGAAGGAGGGCUAUGGUGCAGAACCGUCCACACCCCAGGUAGCCUCAUCACCUCCUGGAUUUUUUUGUGGGUCACCUCCGAGCAGGGCUGCAAACCCAUUAACCCAAGAUGUCCGGUUUGGAGAUGAGAGGCUUACUCAUUUGUCUAUGUUGCCGAUCCCACCAAGCCCAUCUCCAUCCGGUUUAGCGUCUCCAUCAUCAUCAGCACGCAAGGGAGGAUGUGUGAGGAUGAAAGUUGGCUUUAAACCCGCAGCAGUUAGAGUGGAAGGGUUUGACUGCAUGAACAGGGAUCGCCAAAAUUCCAGCAUCCCUGCUGUGGCUUAGAACCCAAACUGAAAGUGUAUAUAGAAGGAAGCUAAAUGCCUCCAAAGUCCACAAACAACAUACGAAACCAAGAAGAGGGAAUUUUGAACUUUUUCCAAGGAGUAUUAAGGGAAGGGAGUUCUCCUAGCAAUGUAUAUAUAACAUGAUCCUAUCACUGUUCUCGUGCACCACUGAUCUCUGUAUCCUGUAAGUAAGUAGUUUAAUUGAAGAAAUGAGAGUUUGGAGAGCUUGGUUCAUUUGUAAUAUUAGUAGUAAGAGGAGAGCCCCUUGAUUUCAUUUUGUAAUUGCACUCAGAAAAUCUGUAUAGAACCGGUUAGUGCUCUAACUUUUGCCAUUCGCAUUGUACAUACACUUCGGUAAUUGAUCAUACUAUGUCUUAAGUUGUAAAUUUUAGCUUUCCUUUGCC